AUGAUUACCCUAGGCUUGAUCUAUACUUUGAUAAUCCUCAUCCUCCUCGCCUUCGCCAUAUACGAACACAUCCACGCUCAAUCCCUCUCCCUCCCCAUUUCCCCCGGUCUCACCCUCCUAACCAUUCUCCUCCCUCUCCUCUCGGCAUUCAACACCGUCUACCUUUACCGCAUCUCAACCACCAACACCAACCAAAACAUUCGACCAAAGCUUUUGAUGUCCCACUCCUCCUCAACCAUAACCCCCAACCCUUCAAACCCAAAUCAACAACUUCAAAUCCGCCCGUCUCGCGCCCGUCGCCCUCAUCCUGGUGUUGGCGGUGGUCCAAAACCAAGCCUUCGCUCCCUAUUACCCAGUCUAAGCAGCGCACUACAAACGACCCAACUCAUCUUCUCCGUCAUCCUGGUCACCCUUGCCACUUCUUCACUUACCAGCUCCCCCUUUUCCAUCCCCUCUGUCCCCGGCUCCGGAUCAGGAUCAGGACGCACGACGCAGAUUCUAUUCGAAAAAUCCAGGAUGCGCUGCAAUGCUGCGGGUUUAGAAAUCCGAAGCAUAUGA